CGUGAUGACGUCGCAACUCUAGACGCAGGAGAACAGCGCGCGCUUGAGGACUCGGCGGCAUUAAACCGUUGCUGGGGUAGCUGCCUGAUCGUCGUCUUCCUCUUAGGCUCUCGUUUCUGCGUCCACCUUCUCGCCCUCAGCCUCGUGAAACCAAAACCGGCCAGACCUUCCUUUCCACCCACCUGUAGCCGCGUCAUUGCGACUCCAUCACCAUGUUCGAGGCGCGCCUAGUCCAGGGCUCCAUCCUGAAGAAGGUGUUGGAGGCACUGAAGGACCUUAUCAACGAGGCCUGCUGGGACAUCAGCUCCAGCGGCGUGAACCUGCAGAGCAUGGAUUCGUCCCACGUUUCGUUGGUGCAGCUCACCCUGCGCUCCGAGGGCUUCGACACGUACCGCUGCGACCGAAACCUGGCUAUGGGUGUGAACCUCACCAGCAUGUCCAAAAUACUAAAAUGUGCUGGCAAUGAAGAUAUCAUUACACUAAGGGCUGAAGAUAACGCAGACACCUUGGCGCUAGUAUUUGAAGCACCAAAUCAGGAGAAAGUUUCAGACUAUGAAAUGAAAUUAAUGGAUUUGGAUGUUGAACAACUUGGAAUCCCAGAACAAGAAUACAGCUGUGUAGUAAAGAUGCCUUCUGGUGAAUUUGCACGUAUAUGCAGAGAUCUCAGUCACAUUGGAGAUGCUGUUGUAAUUUCCUGUGCAAAAGAUGGAGUGAAAUUUUCUGCAAGUGGAGAACUUGGGAAUGGAAACAUUAAGUUGUCACAGACAAGUAAUGUGGAUAAAGAGGAGGAAGCUGUUACUAUAGAGAUGAACGAGCCAGUUCAGUUAACUUUUGCACUGAGGUACCUGAACUUCUUCACAAAAGCCACUCCACUCUCUUCUACUGUAACACUCAGUAUGUCUGCAGAUGUACCCCUUGUUGUAGAGUAUAAAAUUGCUGAUAUGGGACAUUUGAAGUACUACUUGGCUCCGAAAAUUGAGGAUGAAGAAGGAUCUUAGGCAUUCUCAAAAUGACAGGAAAAAUGAAACUAAGCUCUUUGAGAACUGUUUGAGAUGCCAGCAUGUACUGAGGUCUUUUCUGCCACCAAAUUUGUACUUCUGAGUACAAUGUAGAUAUUUUCUGUAAAUAACCAUUUUUUCUCCCUUCCAUUCUCUACAAUUUGCUUAAAAGUCCAGUCAGUCUGGUCUUAUUAACCUAGAAAUAUUUUGCCUUACUUAUGAAUACUUUUUGUGAUACAAAAAGCUUUGACUCUAGCAGCUUUAAGAAUUGUUUUUCAAUUUAAAUAAAAUUACCUGAAUUUCAAA